UACGAUUCAUCAUUUAACCCGAAAAUUCAUAUGCACUAUUGGACACCUGCAUUACAACACCUCCAUUCUAGGCCUCCACAAGCUCCGACCGAAGAGAUGCUUAAGUCCGAUCAUGGAUAAAGCCGCCCCAGAACUUGUCCAUAUAAGCGACUAACGAUCACGUAAAGGCUUUGACACCUCAGGCAGAUGAUCCCCGUUGAAAAUCCAUAAGUCACCAUGUCUCUUAUACUCAAGAACAUCAUGCCCCAAGCUUUCGGCUGCAGAGAUCACAUCCAAGACGACAACAAGCCCGCCAUGUCUUCAGAACAAACCUUCCAGCGUCAUGAGAUCCAAUCAGCCCGCAAUACUGUAGCUGGAACUAUUCUCGACAGACAUAGUACUCGUGCAUUUUGUACUGGUCAAGCUGUUCCCAUGUCUGUUGUUGAGGAUUGUUUCAGUAUUGCUCAGCAUGCGCCUUCAUCAACGAAUAUCCAGCCGUGGAGAGUGACUGUCGCAUCUGGUGAGCCGCUGAAGCGCUUGUCUGCUGCGCUUGUUGCUGCAUUUGAGAAUAAAGAGGAGCUCAAGAUUGAUGCUAUUCCUGAGUCGUAUAAUCACUAUCGCUCGGAACUGGGACAUCACGUCUAUGGACCAAAUGGAUACAACAUUGCUCGCGGAGAUACAGAGGCAAUGACAAAAACUCUCAUCGACAACUUUAACUUCUACAACGCGCCAGUCGUCGCUGUUAUUUCCAUUGAUAAAGACCUUAAAAAGGGCGAUGUUCUGUCUGUGGGUAUUUAUCUGCAGACACUUCUUUUACUGUUGACGGAGAAGGGAUUGAGCACGCAAGUUUCUGCUGCGCCAACUGGAUACCCGGACAUCAUCGAGAGGGAGCUGGGUAUUGAUGAGAACUUGGAUAUUCUUUGCACGGUUGGGAUUGGGUUUGAGAAUAAGUCACAGCAUAUUAAUUCGCUGAAAAUGCCAAGGGAUGACUGGAAGCAGAGUGUCAGAUUUGUGAUGGAAUAGCGGAGUCCUGUCGUGUUGGGUUAGUGGUGUUAUGCUUCUUUCUUAGCGCUUUUAGCAGUAAAUGGCCUGGGCUGUUUGGUUCCAUUCUGGCGCUUCCCCAAGUGACUGGCCCCUAUUUGUUGUUUGUAAAG